AUGGCUCGAGAGAGGUCGCCUGGGAGGGGCUGCAGCGACCUGCGCCGGUGCCUGCUCGGCGUCGCGCUGCUGCUCGGCCUGCGGCUGUGCGUGGAGCUGAGGCGCGCGGGCCCCGGGCCCCCCGGCGGGAGCAGGCCGCCAGGCCUGGUCCACAGGCCGCCCGGGCUGCACCUGCCACCCGCGCCCGGCCCCCCGCGAGGCGCCAGCAGGAGGCAGGUGACCUACGUGCGCAGCGGGCGCAGAGCGCAGCCAGGGGGCGGCGGACGCGGGACCACGGAGCCGGGCUGCUGCGCCCCGCGCGGGCACCCCGGCCGGAAGGGUCCUCGGUGGCACAUAGAUCUUCAGCCUUGGGCAGGUCCUGCUCAGUCCCUGGAUGAAGAAGCCUCGAGGUUCCUGAGAUAUAUCAGUACCACUCAGAUUGCAUGUGAUCACAUGAGUGCAGACAGUGUGGCUACCGGCUUCAGUCCUGCGAAGAAGCCCUGGUCGGUCUGUCUUGAUGACAAGUUUGGCUUAGCUCGUCAAAUACGAAGCAAGCAGUGUCGCCUCUACUCUUUGGGGCUAGGAAGUGAAGAUACCCAUUUUGAGGUUAGCAUGGCCAACAAUGGGUGUGAAGUGCACCGCUUUGAUCCUAGUGUUAGAUCAGCUCACAUUUUAGAGAGCCAGCGCCUUUGGCAUCACCGCCUGUCUAUCGACUGGAGGGACCCUCAUCCAGCAGUUGCUGCCCAGAAACCUCAUAGCAACACCAGAAAACUGGGAACCAUCUUAAAUGAAUUUGGGCAUCCCAAGAUUGAUGUUCUCAAGGCAGAUCUGGAAAGCGCAGAAUGGAAAGUUUUGGAAAAUCUUAUUCUGGAAGAUGUCCUUGAGCAGAUUGGGCAGCUUGUCUUUGAGAUCCACCUCCACUGGCCCGGGUUCGAGGUCGGGGGCAGUGACAGCAGUGUCGUGAGGUUCUGGUACAGUCUCCUUAAAGAGUUAGAACUGAAGGACUUCAGGCUUUUUCACAGUUACAAAGACUUAUCUAAGCCCCAGCUCUUCCUGAAGAGAGACAUUUUCAAUGCCAGUAGCUGUUACACUCUGAGUUGGGUGAAUACAAGAUGGAAAUAG